CGGAAUUUACCCACAAAACAGCUCACAGUUAAACCAUGGAUUUGAAACUACACCUAUCACUAAUCGCAGCCCUCUUCACACUUUCAGCAAAUUCAGAGCAAAAUGAAGACCGAAAAUUCGCAGUCAUUUCAACAACCGCCUCGCCACAUUCUCCAACCGACAAACUCAUCUUCGACGACCAGCUCGAAAUCCGCCAAUCUCUCGCGACAAUGAAGGACCGACUGGAGAGGUUUGAGGUACGCAUGACCCAGAUUCAACGAGCUCUGGAGAAGUUGUUGAAACUUCACGGGGUGAAGCUAGAAAGGGACAUCACGGCGACGGUGGACUCAAGCGACCUUUCAAAAAUUGGAAAAGUGGUGGAGGAGGCGUUGAAAUUGUACAAGACUUGCGGAAACGCGUCUGGUCAAGUCGAAGACAAACUACAACAGAUAAAAGACGACUUGGUGAACGAAAUCGAGAAAAAGCGCAACGAACCGACAAAGUUUUCGGCUGCGGAUUUGGAAGGGUUCAAACGGGAUGUCCUCAAUGGUGUGUCUUCGGAUGUAGAAGCGGCAAGGAAGGCGAUUGACGGGUUUGAAAGUAAGUUGGAAUCGACGAAUGAUAGGUUGGAAAGAGUGACGAAAAAAGUGGGAGGAGUGGAUGACGAUAGCACGAUUUCGCCCACUGGGGGAGAGUUUGCCCGGAAUUGUAGAGAGGUUUUGAAGCAAGGCAACACGAAGAGUGGGAUAUAUACCAUACGACCCCCACGUGCCUCUCAACCCUUUAAGGUUCAAUGUGAUAUGGAUACCAGAGGCGGUGGGUGGACUUACGUCAUGCGACGGUUUGAUGGUUCUCAAGAUUUUUAUUUAAAUUGGACUGACUACAAGGACGGGUUUGGUAAUCUGGAAGGGGAGUUUUGGUUGGGUUUGAAGCACCUGCACGAGUUGACAGGUACCAAACCCAACGAAUUGUUGUUCGUGCUUACCGACUGGGACGACAAAACCGUGUAUUCCCAUUUCAAAAAAUUCAGCGUUGGAAACGAAGAGGAGAGCUAUUUGAUAAAGGUCAUCCAAGGGUACAGUGGAGACGGUGGAGUCUCUUUCACGAGUCACCUCAACUGGAGAUUUAACACUCUGGAUAAGCAAGAUACUUAUGGAAGUUGCGUCGAAACUUAUCACGGACCUUGGUGGUACGGUCCUGGGUGUUUUCACGUCAAACUCACCGGGAAGUACCUCAAAGGCGAGAUAAAGUCGUUCGGAGAUGGCAUACAUUACUCAGAAUUCCACGGGUACAGGUAUAGUUUGAAGGAAGUCAAGAUGUUGGUAAAGAUUUAAAUAAAACAGAAUUUUGAAAGAAA